GUUCGCAGCUUCAAUCCCCUCGUUGCGCUGCUCUGCACCCGAUCGGCAAGUCGUUGGCCGCAGUGGGCAGGCGGCAGCCGCAUCCCAGCCCAGACUUGAACAGCAUGGUCGGGGCCGCCAACGGGGUUGCCGGGCACGGCAAGGACAUGCUGGCCAUGUUCCCAGAGGCCCUGAAGAGCUUGGCAGAGGCGGACCCAGAGGUGGCCGCCAUCAUCGAGGACGAGAAGCGGCGGCAGUGGCGCGGCAUCGAGCUGAUUGCCUCAGAAAACUUCACCAGCCGGCCUGUGAUGGAGGCGCUGGGCUCCUGCCUCACCAACAAGUACAGCGAGGGCCAGCCGGGCGCGCGCUACUACGGCGGCAACGAGAACAUUGACAGGAUCGAGAACCUGUGCAAGGCGCGGGCCCUGGAGGCCUUCCACCUCAGCCCAGACCAGUGGGGCGUCAACGUGCAGCCCUACUCUGGCAGCCCCGCCAACUUUGCUGUGUAUACGGCGCUGCUGAGCCCUCACGACCGCAUCAUGGGCCUGGACCUGCCCUCUGGCGGCCACCUCACCCACGGCUACUACACUGCGGGUGGAAAGAAGAUCUCUGCCACUUCCAUCUUCUUCGAGAGCCUGCCGUACAAGCUGGACAUGGGGACCGGCUACCUGGACCACGAGAAGCUGGAGGAGCGGGCGCUGGACUACCGCCCCAAGCUCAUCAUCUGCGGAGGCAGCGCCUACCCUCGAGAGUGGGACUACAAGCGCCUGCGCCAGAUCGCGGACAAGGUGGGCGCGCUGCUGAUGAUGGACAUGGCGCAUAUCAGCGGGCUGGUGGCGGCGCAGGAGGCGGCGCAGCCGUUUGAGUACGCCGACAUCGUGACCACCACCACGCACAAGAGCCUGCGCGGGCCUCGAGCCGGCAUGAUUUUCUUCCGCAGGGGCCCCAAGCCUGCAGACCGGCUGGGCCGGGACGAGGAUGCGGGUGCGGUGUACGACUUUGAGGACCGCAUCAACUUUGCGGUCUUCCCCUCGCUGCAAGGCGGCCCCCACAACCACCAGAUCGGCGCGCUGGCGGUGGCGCUGAAGCACGUGCAGACGCCGGAGUUCAAGCAGUACGCGCAGCAGGUCAAGCGCAACGCGGCGGCCCUGGGCGACACGCUCACCAAGCACGGCUACAAGCUGGUGACAGGCGGCACAGACAACCACCUUGUGCUGUGGGACCUGCGCCCCGAGGGCAUCACAGGCAGCAAGAUGGAGAAGGCGUGCGAUCUGUGCCACAUCACCCUCAACAAGAACGCGGUGGUGGGCGACGUGUCCGCACUGACACCUGGCGGCGUGCGCAUUGGCUCUCCAGCCAUGACCUCCCGCGGACUCAAGGAGGAGGACUUUGCCCGCAUCGCCGACUUCCUUCACGAGGUGCUGGAGGAGUGCAAGGCCACGCAGCGCAAGAGCGGCAAGAAGCUGCUUGAGUUCAGCAACACCAUUGAGACCAGCCCCGUGAUCGCCGACAUACGGCGCCGCGUGGAGGAGUGGGCCGGCAGCUUCCCCAUGCCCGGCUUUGACGUCUCCGCCCUCUGAUGCGCCCUGCUGGCGCGCAGCGAGGAUGCGGGCCCCUGGGGCGGCCUGCGCUGCGGGCCCGUGCCUUUGGCGCAGCCUCGGCGAGCUGCUUGGCGCUGCCGUGCAGCCCGGCGGUGUGACCCUGGCUGGCGGCGCGCCACGACCUGUUGAGCCAUGCAGCCGCGCCCUGCA